AAACUCUCUCUCUCUCUCUCUCUCUCUCUCUCUCUCUCUCUCUCUCUCUCUCUCUAAAAUUUGAAACAUCGCAGAAUAUGCAGGAUCUUCACUACUAUAGGAUCACUGCUGCAUGUAGUCUUUAUCAAGAGCUCCUAUUACUGUUCUGAAACAUUUGAUCCAAACGCAUGGGUUCUAUUAUUAAACUCUCGGUAGUUAAGACUUUGGACUUGUGAUUGUGAGUUCAAACUCCAGCACCAGCAAGCUGCCACUGCAGGGCCCUUAAGCAAGUUCCUCAACCCCUCAAAUGCUCAGAGAUAAAUGUCGCUUUGGAAAAAGCCGUCUGCCAAAUGCUGUGAAUAAAAAUAAAAUAGUGAAAUAAAAUAGAUAAAAAUGGGCAGGUUGUGAUCCUCAGCUCUGGAGCUUAAGAAUCCCUGGUAGACGCAUGAUUACUGUUAAAAUGGAUGUUGUUCAUUUCCGUGUGUGUUGUGCUUUUAGGAGAAUGGAGCGUUUCGCAGGUGUCGGUGUGGUGCCGCUGGCCAUAGGUGCAGUCGGACUGCUGUUGUUACUGCGGAUGUUCCGCAAAGCGAGAUGCAAACAGGAUCUCCAGGAUAAAGUGGUGGUGAUCACUGGGGCCAGUUCAGGCCUAGGCAAAGUGUUUUUUCCACCAUGUUUUGGAGGCGUAAUACAUGCGUAGGUCUUCCUCAGAAUGUGCUCGAGUGUUUCACGCGGCGGGAGCACGACUUAUCCUGUGUGGACGCGACCAGAAGAGACUCCAGGAGGUCGUCGAGGAGUUAAGGGUUAAAACAGGUGGCAAGAUAAAGACCUAUACCCCCUGCACAGUGACCUUCGACCUCUCUGACAUCGAGACGGUCGCCAGGGCAGCAGCGGAGAUUCUGAAAUGUCACGGACAUGUGGACGUCCUGGUCAACAACGCAGGCAUUAGCUACCGCGGUUCCAUCCUGGACACAGACGUCGCCGUGCAGAAGAACGUCAUGGACACCAACUACUUCGGCCCUGUUGCUUUAACUCAAGCCAUUCUUCCCUCUAUGGUGGAACGAGGUUCUGGACAUAUAGUCGUCAUCAGCAGCGUGCAGGGGAAGAUCGCCAUCCCUUACAGAUCUGCUUACGCAGCGUCCAAGCAUGCGACACAGGCGUACUUCGACUGCCUACGUGCCGAGGUGAAAAGAUUUGGCCUACAUGUGUCAGUCAUCAGCCCUGGAUACAUUAAAACUAACCUGUCACUUAACGCUGUUACUGGAGAUGGAUCCAGAUAUGGUGUGAUGGAUAAGACCACUGCGGCAGGACGGGACCCUGGAGACGUGGCCCAUUCUGUCCUGAAGGCGGUCACUUAUCAACAGAAAGACGUUUUAUUAGUCGGGCCACUUCCCGCUCUCGCCGUCUACCUCCGCACUCUCUGGCCUGCUGCCUUCUUCCAAGUGAUGGCCUCCCGAGCCGAGAAAGAGAAGGGAAUAAAGGAACAAUAAGCAGCAGCCGGAGUUUCUUCGACGGAAAUUGGUCUUUGUCUUUUGCGAGUGCAAGUGUUUUUAAAAGUUAUAAUAAUUAAUCAGGAAUUUAAAAAAUAUAUUUCUCCAUUUCAGCCUUCAGUUUGCUUUUUUCAGGCCCAGAUUGAGCCUCAGCUACAGCUGAAGCAGAGCUUACAAGCUCCUCCAUUAACAUUAUUUAAUACACAUUUAAUGGGUUCACUGAAAGUGAGGUAAAAAUGUACAGUGGAUGGAACUCAAGUCCACAUUAGGACAUUCACCCAGUCCUUCACACCUAAAGGCACUGUGGGAACUUCCUAAUGCCUCUGUGCUCUUGAGGGCUAAAAAGGAGAACCUGAUGGAAAUCCAUGUGAAGAUAAGAGUAACACAAGCUCAGGGGUUUGGACCACAAACCCUGGAGCUGUGAUUUGUUAAUGCUCCCAUCUGCACUAUAAAGUGUUUUAUAUAUAGUCAUUUAUCAAAUGUAAAUGUUUGCCGUACUGUAAUAAAGCUCUUAAAUGAA